UGUAGUUGAGCAGUUGUGAGUUUGUGUCUCUGUAUUCAUGCAGUAAAAUGGCAGAAGCCAGAAUUUCUCAGGAUGAGUUCAUGUGUUCAGUGUGUCUGGAUUUCCUGAAGGAUCCAGUGACCACUUCUUGUGGACACAGUUACUGUAAGAUCUGUAUUACAGGCUGCUGGGAUCAGGAGGAUCAGAAGAGAGUCUACAGCUGCCCUCAGUGCAGACAGACCUUCAGUCUAAGACCUGCUUUAGCUAAAAACACCAUUUUGGCUGAAAUGGUGGAGAAACUGAAGAAGACUAAACUUCCUGCUGACUGUUACGCUGGAGCUGGAGAUGUGCAGUGUGACGUCUGUACUGGAAGAAAACACAAAGCUGUCAAAUCAUGUCUGGUGUGUCUGGAGUCUUACUGUCAAGCUCAUUUUGACCGUCAUGAGAAAUUUCACUCACGUAAGCCACAUAAAGUGACUGAAGCUACUGGACGACUGCAGGAGAUGAUCUGCCCGAAACACGACAGGAUCCUUGAGGUUUUCUGCCGCACUGAUCAGAAGUGUAUAUGUGUGCUGUGUACGAUGGAUGAACAUAAAAACCACGACAUUGUAUCAGCUGCAGCACAGAGGACAGAGAAACAGCUGAAGGAGACGCAGAGGUGGUUCCAGCAGAGGAUCCAGCAGAAAGAGAAAGAUCUUCAGCAGCUGAGAGAGGCUGUGGAGUCUCAUAAGCGCUCUGCACAGACAGCAGUGGAGGACAGUGAGAGGAUCUUCACUGAGCUCAUCCGCUCCAUUGAGAGAAGCCGCUCUGAGGCCACACAGCGGAUCAGAGAUCAGGAAAAGACUGCAGUGAGUCGAGCUGAAGAACGACUGGAGCGACUGGAGCAGGAGAUCAAUGAUCUGAGGAGGAGAGACGCUGAGCUGGAGCAGCUUUCACACACACAGGAUAACAUCCAUUUCCUGCAGAGUUUCCAGUCUCUCUCAGCUCCUCCUGAAUCUACAGACGUAAAUGACGAUCCCUUCAGUUCUCUCUCCUCUUUUGAUGUUGUAAGAGAAUCUGUCCUUCAGCUGAGAGACAAACUGGAGGAUUUCUGCAAAGAGGAGCUGAAGAAGAUCUCUGACAGAGUCACUUUCACCAACAUUAUUCCCAGAACCAGGAACGACUUCCUACAAUGUAAGUCACUAAGAAAACAAGCAGAGAAACUCACUGUCUACUCUUGUGUGCAACUAGACGAGUAGAUGCAUGUAUAUUUAUUAAACGGUUAGUUCACCCCAAAAUUAAAAUUCUGUCAUUUAUUACU